AUGCCCCCCAGUGCUGCAGACCCAGUACCGAAAGUCCCUACACUUGAAGAAGUCUAUGCGAAGACUCUCGCUGGUCUUGGACGGCGGCCAUGUCGAUGGCAGGCAGAGUCAUGUCGCGCCGCGCUGAAGGGAGACAAGGAUAUCAUAUCCAUUGCACCGACUGGUUCAGGGAAGACACUCACCUUCUGGAUGCCUCUGCUCUUCCGAGAGGAUGGGAUACAGCUGGUAGUCACGCCGCUCAACUUGUUAGGCACUCAGAACGUCACGGAGCUAAAACAACAUGGUAUCAGCGCGUGCGAUGUACGCGCGGAUACGGCAACUGCGAAGCUCUUUCAGGAAAUCGAGGACGGACGAUACCGAGCGAUCAUCACAAAUCCCGAGGAGCUCUUCAAGGAGGGCGGCGGCUUCGAGAAGCUCUGGAAAGUCCCAAAAUUUACGUCGCGGCUGAUCUCGAUCAUCUGGGACGAAGCACAUUGCAUUAGUACGUGGAGUUCCUUCCGCGCAGACUACAAGAAGGCGUACCGGCUGCGCUACCUGUUGCCACAUACACGGUUCUUGCUGGCCAGUGCGACGUUCAAUGACCAGCUCAAGGUCAACACUCUAAAGACAAUGCACAUGUCCUUGAAAGACUGUAUCGUGUUUCAGCGAUCAAACGACAGGCCAAACGUACACAUUGAAGUACGCCGCAUUGAGCACUCACUGCGUAGCUUUGAAGACCUGGACUUCCUCAUCCCACCUGACUGGAAGCCUGGCGACGAGACCCCAAGCUUCCUGGUCUUCUUUGACAAUAUUGAAGACUCGAUUGCGGCCGCGGAAAGGUUGCGAAGCCGCUUACCUCGCGACUCAAAGUCGAAGGUCAUGUGGUUCAACUCUCGGAUGACGUCUCUGUUCCGCGAAGAGGCACUGAAGGCGUUCAGUAAUGGUGAGCUGUACGGCCUGUGUUGCACGGACUCUUUUGGGAUGGGAAUCAACGUCGCAAAGAUACGGCUAGUGGUCCAAUGGCGGCUGACGUGUGACUUGAACACGUUGUGGCAGCGCUUCGGGCGUGCUGUGCGGGACCUAUUGUUGGACGGUGUUGCAAUCUUUCUGGUGGAAUCCAAGUACUUCGAUGACGAGAAAGCAAAGGCCUCCGAACGCGCGGAGAAAGCCAAAGAGACUAGAAAGCGUAAAGCUGCAAACGUGCUUGCCCCGUCCCGCUCCGCAAAGGCUGCGCGGCUUGCCAAUGCAACAGCACUCGGUGAUCAUCCCGCAACCGCAAGCAACUCAAACUUGCUUGGUAAUCGAACUGCAGGAAGUGUACACGACGCGAACUUGCAACACGAUCGUCCAGCAACCACUUUGAACACGCAUAACAAUCCAAGCCGCGCCACGCCGGCUGCACGCAUUCCAGACGCGCACAGUGAUCGUGACGUGGUGGAGAAUCCUGUACGCCCGGAGCAACCGGCAGGUUCAGAUGCACGUCAGAAGUCUCCGCUGAACGAUGUCACGAUACAUACCCAUAAUACAACUCCGGCAUUGCAGGAUCUUGCCAUGCUGCGCUUGGAGUUCCGAUCGGAGGAGAAGCCAAAAACGCAGCAAGCAGCAAAACGAACGGCUGAAGACCUGCUCACGCCCGAGAUGGACGCGUUCAUUAACGCAGGAACACGGCCGUUCAAGUGCCAUAGGAAGCCCAUUAUGGCGUUCUAUGCGAACGACAAAACCGACCAUCAGUUAUGCCGCCCCGACCUGCCCGCCGGAUGCACUCGCUGCGUUGCUCGUACCUCUUCAAUCUGCUGUAUUCUCUGCUCGCCAGAACACUCCAUCUUCUCGCAGUAUCGGCGGCAUCAGGGCAGUGCUGUGGCGCCUGGUACCGAACCAGUGGCCCCUCCGAGUAGGGCAUCUAGACUUCCGAAGGACGCUGGCAUGCUCGAUACCAGACGCGAUCUUACAACGGCUCUGGACGCCUUCCGUCUCAAAUGCGCUGAAGACGAGUAUGGUUCGUUAGCUUACACUCUGCGCCCUGAUCUCAUCCUACCCGAGUCUGUCAUGCUGCGCUUGGUCGAGUGCGCGCGUGCACAGAAAAUUGGCUGCCUGGACGACAUCAAGCGGGAGACGAAGUGGCCGGCACAUGAGGUUGAUAGGUAUGGGAAGGGUGUUUUGGAGAUUAUCCUGCGGUGA